GACAGCGUUGGCCACGUGCGGUUGGCCGCCGCGACGUUCCUCGUUAUUUAAGCGGUUUUCAUAAUGAAGGUUUUUUUUUCUUUGCGUUCGAUCGCAUGAGCAUAAAUGUUGUUGUUAACCCACCGCCAACCGACGCAGCCCAAGGGUGCAAGCGAGGGCAGGAUGUCCGACUGUGCCGAGGCCGUGAGUGACUCUCCCUCGCUCGCCACGGACGGAGCGGACAGCCCGCGGCGGGGACAGCUGCUCGACCCGCCGCAGACGGACGUGAAGCUGUUGUCGGCCGUGGGCGCCGACCUCGCCGCCAAGCAGUUCCUGCUGGCCAGCGCCGGGGUCGGAGGGUCAGCGGGCGGCGCCGGCGGGCAGCCCGUGGUCGGGCGCAUUCCCGUGAUCCUGGCCACCGGUGACGGAGGGGCAGCGCAGCACCUUCAGCUGGUGACGGACGCCGGUACGUCAGAGUACCUGAGCGCCAUUCAGGGGGGUCCCAAGGAGAGUGGGGGACCCUCAUCGGCAGUGGCGGCAGCGGCGGCGGCGGGGGCGAUGCCGGUGAAGCACGAGGCACGGCUGGUGCCGUCCACGGUGGAGCACUGCGUGGUGUGCGGGGACGUGGCGUCCGGGCGCCACUAUGGUGCCAUGAGCUGCGAGGGCUGCAAAGGCUUCUUCAAGCGCAGCGUGCGUCGCAGCGUCGUCUACACCUGCCGCGGCAACCGCGACUGCCUCAUCACCAAAAACCACCGCAACCGCUGCCAGUACUGCCGGCUGCAGAAGUGUCUGCUCAUGGGCAUGCGGCAGGAGUGUAGGUCGCGCCGCUACGCGGUGCAGAACGAGCGGAAGCCUUCGGACAAGGCGGGCAGCGUUUCGUCGGGAAAACCAUACGGCAGGAAAGACUACUCGGGACCCGUGUCGUCCUUCUCCUACAAGAGCAACGCUCGGCUCCUCGCACCCUUUGACUCGUCGCCCAUGGAGGAGGGACACCAGGCUUUGCGGCGUCACGAUGGCUCCAUGCUGCAGAGCAGCAAGCUGUCGUCCGGCCGAGGGGACCUGAACACCCUGGCGAGCGUGGUGACGUCCCUCGCCAGCCUCAAGAAGGAGGGUGGCGGCUGUGGCCUCGGCGGCUUCGACAGCCAGAGCAAUGGCGAUGGCGCAGGAGCCGGCCUCGGCUGGCAGAACGGGCACACGCCCGCCGCUCCCUCCAGGGGCUUUGGGGCGCUGGGCAAGGCUCUGGGGGUCUCUCGCGACGGGGGAGAGGGCGCCGAUAGAGGAUUCCACUCCGAGCUCCCCUCCACAAGAUCUCGGCCCAAGAUGGAGCCGUGCUGUGGAGAGUCGCUGCUGACCGCAGACCAUGCCGAGUUCGAGCUGACGAUGCCGCUGCCCGUGCCAGACACCAUGAACAUCAGCUACAUCUGCGAGUCGGCAUCACGCCUCCUCUUCCUCUCCAUGCACUGGGUCCGCUCCAUCCCGGCCCUCGCGACGCUCGGGCAGGAGUGCUGCACGGGGCUGGUGCGUGCGUGUUGGAACGAGCUGUUCACGCUGGGGCUGGCGCAGUGCGCCCAGGUGAUGAACCUUCCGGCCAUCCUCGCUGCGGUCAUCGCGCACCUCCAGAGCAGUCUGCAGCAGGACAAGCUGCCGGCGGAGCGCGUGAAGCUGGUGGUGGAGCACGUGUGGAGGCUGCAGGAGUUCUGCCACAGCAUGUCGCGGCUCGGCGUGGACGCGUUCGAGUUCGCGUGCCUCAAGGCCAUCGUGCUGUUCAGCCCAGACCACCCGGGGCUGGUGAACGUGGAGCAGAUCAAGCAGCUGCAGGAGAGAGCCACGCUGGAGCUGCGGGGAUACAUGGAGUCUGCUCAUCCCGACGACAGCACCAGGCUGCUUCGGCUGCUGCUACGCCUCCCCGCGCUGCGUCUCAUGAGCUCCGCCGUGACGGAGGAGCUCUUCUUCGUGGGCCUCAUCGGCACCGUGCAGAUCGACAGCAUCGUCCCCUACAUCCUGCGCAUGGACUCCGACGACUACAAGACCUUCUGCAGAGAAAGCCCGGCACGGGUGUGAACGUGUGCUGCGGGUUUCAGGAACUCCACCUCCGAAACAACAUUCCUCGUCCACCGGAAGACGCGGCGCGUCGCGGGAGUCCCGCGUGCACGCGCGUGGUCACCCAGGAGGAAUCGUCCCCCGCCGAGUCAGUCCAAAAGGAGCCUUGCCGCGUUCGGGCGGGUUCCUGGCCGUAGCCCUCCUCGCGGGAGGGAGCGAAAUGUCGUGGUCGAGCAUCGCCCUUCCCGUUCCCUUCCCCCUUAGUGCGCCCCGCCGCUUUCCUGACAUUUGCGGUGGCGUCGUCGUCUCCCGAGAGGCGGCGAGGAGGAGGAGGAGGGGGAGGAGGAGGGCAGGAUGGAUGAGCCAGACGGGUGUCACGACAUCUCUCGGCUUUCCCGCGAGAGGUCUCGCUCGCUCUCACACACGCCCGCCACGUCGCAACAUCGCGAAUACCACUGGUCUCCCCCCCCCCCCACCCACCUCCGCUUAGCCCGCGGCCUGUUGAUCGCACAUCUGGUUCUCAAAUAUCAGCUGUCAGAUUUCAGAUCUCGGAUCUCAGCUGUUGGAAAUCAGCUGUCAGAUCUCGGAUCUCAACUCUCAGAUAUCAGCUGUCACAUCUCUGGCUCUGAGGACUCAGUUGUCAGAUCUCAGAUGUCAGAUCUCAACUGUCAGAUCUCAGCUCUCGGAUAUUAGUUGUCGCAUCUCAGCUUCUCAUAUCUAUCAAUUAUCGGAUCUCAGCUCCUCAGAUCUAUCAAUUAUCGCAUCUUAGCUCCUCAAAUCUAUCAAUUAUCGGAUCUCAGCUACUCAGAUCUAUCAAUUAUCGGAUCUCAGCUUCUCAGAUCUAUCAAUUAUCGGAUCUCAGGUCUCGGAUUUCAUCUCUCGAAACUCAUCUGUCAGAUCUGAGCUGUCAGCCGUCAUCUCA